UUUUUUGCAAGAAUGAAACGCAAAUGUACUGUCUACAGCCCAUUGCCAACAACAAAAACAAAUGACGAGGGCCGGUUUUCAAUUCUUUCUCCUCCUUUCUGAUAGUGCUUCUUCUUUUAUUUCCUAAAAAGUUUUCAUCACAAAUAUUUUUAUUUCCAAAGAAAAAAUUUACUUGAAUAUAUAAUUCAGAAGAAUUAUUUUAUUCUGAUAGUUGCACAUCUCAGAAGAAUUAGAAACUUUCAUUUGUACAGAAUAUAGGGAAAGAAGAAAAUAGAAUAGGAGAGCUGUUUAGCGAGACGAGGGACAAAAUUGAAAAUCUUGAUUUGAAUCUCUUAUGGAGCAGCUUAUCAGCUUCAUUAUAAGACCACCCAGAGCUGAAUACAAUCCGAAAAAUGAUUUGUUAGAUCAAGAAUUCAUGCUUAAAGGGAAAUGGUACCAGAGGAAAGACUUGGAGGUUGUAAAUAGCCGAGGAGAGACUCUUCAAUGUAGUCAUUACAUGCCAAUUGGUCGUCCUGAAGGAUGUGUCCUGCCGUGUGUAAUAUACUGCCAUGGAAAUAGUGGUUGCCGAGCGGAUGCUAGUGAAGCUGCUAUCAUAUUGUUGCCUUUGAAUAUAACAGUUUUCACUCUUGAUUUCUCUGGUUCUGGACUCUCUGGAGGAGAGCAUGUAACUCUAGGCUGGAACGAGAAGGACGAUUUAAGAGCCGUGGUUGAUUAUCUACGGGCAGAUGGGAAUGUUUCUUUGAUUGGUUUGUGGGGUCGCUCAAUGGGUGCUGUUACAAGUCUGAUGUAUGGAGCUGAGGAUCCUUCUAUCGCAGGAAUGGUUCUGGACAGUCCCUUCUCUGAUUUGGUUGAUUUGAUGAUGGAGCUGGUGGAUACUUACAAAGUUCGACUCCCCAAGUUCACUGUUAAGUUCGCAAUCCAGUACAUGCGGAGAGCAAUCCUAAAGAAGGCGAAAUUUGACAUAACGGACCUCAACACAAUCAAGGUUGCAAAAUGUUCAUUUGUUCCAGUUUUGUUUGGUCAUGCUGUUGAUGAUGAUUUCAUACAGCCCCAUCAUUCUGAUCGCAUAUUUGAUGCUUAUGUGGGUGACAAGAAUAUUAUAAAGUUUGAGGGUGAUCACAACUCUCCACGCCCUCAAUUUUAUUUUGAUUCUAUUAGUAUCUUUUUCAACAAUGUACUACGACCACCAGAGGAUGAAGGAGGGACUGCAUUUUUUGACAUGUCUCAUGAUUAUUACAGCAAGGGUACUUGGACUACCGACCACGAUACAAAAUAUCUGGAUGAUAUCUCGGCUUCCCCUUCAGAUCAAGCUGGUAGUACUACUGAAGAUGCUAUUAACCAAGUUCGCUCCAGAAGACCUAUGAGUAAAAUAGUGGUCCCUGCAGAGAUGUCAUCCAAAGAUAAACAAUCAGAUGGCCAGGAAGAAGGUACAGGAUCUGACUCUCAUGCGUCGUCUUCUAAUAUGAUCAGCUUUGAAUUAUCUGGUGGUAGUCCACAUGGUACUCUGCCUGCACCAAUAGAUGAUGAUGAAUAUGUGGAAUACCCUCUCGAUAACUUAGCAGACUUCCCGAGCAAUGUGGAAGAAGAAGAGAGGAUGUUCAUGAAAGCUGUGAUGGAGUCGCUGAAAGACCUGGAGACGGGAAACGCACACGUUGAGGAACCAUGUUCUCAUGUUGGCAGUAAACUUCUUGAACCACAUGAAAAAAAUGAUUCUUUUUCUACGCUGGCCAAAUCCAUAAAAACGGUGUCCACUUCAGCAGCCACUUGUUCUGAAUUAACCCCUCCUUCAGAAGCAGGAAUUAACAUACCUCGUAGUGACAUUUCAACGUGUGACUAUAGUACACCGGAUGACUUGGCAAAUCAUCCAAAGGCCACUGCAGCAGCGGCAAAUAACCCUAACAUUAACGAUACUACUCCGUCUCCCAGCGUUGCAGAAAGAAAUGAGACUGCUUCUCGUGGCGAUACUCAACCGGGCAACCAAAGUUCAUCUGACACAGAUGUGGCUGACCACACGAGGGUAACUGUAAAGGUUGUGAAAACCCCGACUACUAAUAUUAUGGACGGUUUGUUUCGUCGCUGGGAUCUCAACUUCUUCAAGAAUAGAUGACUUGAGUAUCAUGCAACAAGGCGACGAGGAAGAAUAUUUAAAAGGUAUAUCUUUUGUGAAGAGGGUAUUCUUAAUCCCUAUUUUAUGCUGUUAGGAGUUCGAUAAAGAGCGUUAGUUUGGUUAUUCUCGUUUGACUAGGAAGACGAUACAGUUAUUUCCGCCGAUGAUGAUAGAAGGGCCUUUCUACCAGGAGGAUUAUUUUCAUUUGUUGUAACUAUACAGGGGAGAUUCUUUCGGUUAUGUACAGUUGAUGAAUAGAUUUUUACUUGUAUCUAAACCAAAAAGUAUUUGGUUCUGAGUCUUCCUGGUUAACAUGUGAUUUCCUUUGUAAAUGCAAAUUCAAACUUGGAUGCAUGUUUGAUGAAUUUAAUACACUAUUUGUUCUUUA